CGCGGCUGCUAGGAGGCGCCCAGGCAGCGGCUGGGCUCCCGGCGUGCGGCUGGAUGCCCCGGGCCUGCGGCUCCCUGCGCUUCCCGCCGUCCAGGGGCGCCAGCCAUGGGCGCCGCGGCCGCUGAGGCGCCGCUCCGGCUGCCAGCCGCGCCUCCGCUCGCCUUCUGCUGCUAUACGUCGGUGCUUCUGCUUUUCGCCUUCUCCCUGCCCGGGAGCCGCGCGUCCAACCAGCCCCCGGGUGGCGGUGGCGGCGGGGACUGUCCCGGCGGCAAAGGCAAGAGCAUCAACUGCUCAGAAUUAAAUGUGAGGGAAUCUGAUAUAAGAGUUUGUGAUGAAGCAUCAUGUAAAUAUGGAGGAGUCUGUAAAGAAGACGGAGAUGGUUUGAAAUGCGCAUGUCAGUUUCAGUGCCAUACAAAUUACAUUCCUGUCUGUGGAUCAAAUGGGGACACUUAUCAAAAUGAAUGCUUUCUCAGAAGGGCUGCUUGUAAGCACCAGAAAGAGAUAACAGUAGUAGCAAGAGGACCAUGCUACUCUGAUAAUGGCUCUGGAUCUGGAGAGGGAGAAGAGGAAGGGUCAGGGGCUGAAGUUCACAGAAAACAUUCCAAGUGUGGACCUUGCAAGUAUAAAGCUGAGUGUGAUGAAGAUGCAGAAAAUGUUGGGUGUGUAUGUAAUAUAGAUUGCAGUGGAUACAGUUUUAAUCCUGUGUGUGCUUCUGAUGGGAGUUCCUAUAAUAAUCCCUGUUUUGUUCGUGAAGCAUCUUGUAUAAAACAAGAACAAAUUGACAUAAGGCAUCUUGGUCAUUGCACAGACACAGAUGACACUAGUUUAUUGGGAAAGAAAGAUGAUGGACUACAGUAUCGACCAGACGUUAAAGAUGCUAGUGAUCAAAGGGAAGAUGUUUAUAUUGGAAACCACAUGCCUUGCCCUGAAAAUCUCAAUGGUUACUGCAUCCAUGGAAAAUGUGAAUUCAUUUAUUCUACUCAGAAGGCUUCUUGUAGGUGUGAAUCUGGUUACACUGGACAGCACUGUGAAAAGACAGACUUUAGUAUUCUCUAUGUAGUGCCAAGUAGGCAAAAGCUCACUCACGUUCUUAUUGCAGCAAUUAUUGGAGCUGUACAGAUUGCCAUUAUAGUAGCAAUUGUCAUGUGCAUAACAAGAAAAUGCCCUAAAAACAAUAGAGGACGAAGACAGAAGCAAAACUUAGGUCAUUUUACUUCAGAUACGUCAUCCAGAAUGGUUUAAUCCAAUGACUUUUAUAUGUACACUGACCAUGUGAUGUACAUUUAUUAUGUCUUUUUUUAAAGAAUGGAAAUAUUUAUUUCAGAGGCCUUAUUUUUGGACAUUUUUAGUGUAGUACUGUUGGCUCGUAUUUAGAAUAUAUAGCUACAGCAGUUUUGGACUGUUUAGUAGUCUUUGUUUUAUGUUUUUAAAUACAGAAAUUGAUUUCACAAAUUUGUACCACAUGGUAAUUCUAAGACUUGCUCUUUACCCAUGGAAUGUAAUAUUUUUGCAAAGAUGGACCACUUCACAAAUGGUUAUAAAGUCAUACCCACUUCUUCCACAGUGACCACAGCAAAUGACCAAGCAUGAACUAAAGGUAAAAGAUGUUUACAGAUUACUUUUCUUACAAAAAAAAAAAAAAAUCUAGAAGACACUGUGUUUAGACAUUUAAAUGUUUUUGAGAUUUAUUAACUGAUUUUUUAGACACUGCCUAUCGCAUGAACUGUAAAGCUGUGUGUGUUAGAUGUAAAUUAUUUAUAAGAUGUAUGGACUGGAAUUUGAUUAUUUCUCUCUUUGGAAAAAUAAUUCUGAAUUAAUUUUAAAAAGUGUCUGGUAGCAAUGAUGGAACAGAUCACUGAAAAGUAGAUUUAGAUGUUGUGAAAAUAGUCAUUAACAAACAGAUUGGAAUAAAGCCUACUCUAUCAUUUAAACUACUUUAAUACACAUUCAUUUUUAAAGAAAAUACUUGUUUUAACAUAAAUAAACCAAUUGUAUCAGUGUUUGUGAAUAAAAUGCAAAAAUGAUUGUUAAUGAUUGGUGCUCUUCAAGUGAGCUUAAAAAUCAUCUAAGACCUCUAUCCAAAUUUGUCCUGUAGUAAUAGCUGUAUUAAUAGAUUGUUGGUGUUUAAAGAUCUGAAGUGUGAAUAGAAUGUAUUCAGCUGUUUAACAUGUAGUUUAGGCAUUCAGAAGUAUGCAUGUAGAAUUUAAAAAUAUGUUCAAAAUUAAAUAUUAAUUUUAAUAUUUGGUUUGGAAAAGCAUGUUAUAAUAUAAUGUUUUCACUA